ACGAGACCACUCGAUGUUGACGAUUCUAUGAUUGCUCUCGCAAUGUUUAAUUUUAUCUUGACUAGGCUGGGGACGCUGUAUAAUGGUUGAGCUCUCUGGUGAUUUGAUAGGCCUGGGCGAUCCGAGUGAUGUUGCUCUGUCGCCGACGUUAAUUUCUGUGUUAAAAAUUUUGGGAUUAUACCCUGGUUAUGUUUUCGCUUUUUCUUUUAUGGUGAUCUUUGCUCUUAAGCCCGCGAAACUUGUUGGCAACUGCAGCAACGAUGGGGACGACAACGAAUGAAAUGAGCCGACGCUUUUUCUACUACCAUCUAACUGUUCAAAGAGACAGGUUACCUUCUUGUAUUAUGCUUGGUUUGUCC